GCCCCAACGUAUACAGCGCUCUCUGGCGACGCCCCAAACUCUCGCGAGAGCUACCGGGCCGGGGCGCGAGGAGAAAGAGGCGGAUGCUACUCGCGCAUGCGCAUGGGUGACCGGCGGCCGUUCUGAGGGGAGGCGCCAUUUUGGGCCUGUACAGCCGGGCGGUGGAGGUGUUCGUAGGCGGUGGGUCUCAGCGCUGAGCGCCGCGCUGAGGGCUUCGCCCCGCCGCCAGACCCCGGGUCUCGGCGGGGCCGGAGGCCCGCCAUGGAGACCGAGUACUACAGCGGGGACCAGUCAGAUGACGGUGGAGCUACUCCGGUGCAGGACGAAAGAGAUUCGGGAUCUGACGUUGAAGAUGAAGGAAAUGAGCAGCAUUCUGGAUCUGAGAAUGGGAGUGUAGGGCACCGUUCAGAGAACGAACACAGUGAUGGAGAAGAUGAUGGGCAAAUGGGAGAGCCUCAUAUGACAGACUCUGAGAAUGAAGAUGCACCGAGGCAAAAAGACAGUGACUCAGAUAACGAGGAGCCUCCAAAUCACAAUGUGAGCGAUUCAGACAAUGAAGCAGCUCAGGGAGGGAAAGACAGUGACUCUGAUACCGAGGACCGUCCAAACCAGCACUUAAGUGACUCUGAAAACGAAGAUGCCUUAAAUCAUCAGGCGAGUGACUCUGAAAAUGGAGAACCUCCCAGGAAUCACAGUAGUGACUUUGAAAAUGAGGAGUCACGGAAGCAGCCGGCCAGCGACUCAGAGAAUGAGGAGCUCCAGAAGCAGCCAGCCAGCGACUCAGAGAGUGAGGAGCUCCACAAACAGCUGGGCAGCGACUCGGAGAGUGAGGGUGUUGCCAGACACAAACCAGAAAUAGAGUCUGAUGAUAGCGAUGGGGAGGACAGGAAGGAGGAGGUGCAGAAUGAUUCUCACCAUUCAGAUAAUGAACAAGCGAGGGAAGGAUUUCAGGGUUCUGACAGUGAAGAAGAAGGUCCUCAGAGACGAAAAAUAUCAGACAGUGAUGAUGAUGAGAAGGAGGAGGAGAAGACAGUGAAGAGGAAAACAGCUAUCCUCUCUGACAGUGAGGAUGAGAAUGAGAAAGCACCUGCAAAAAAAGUACGAAUCCUUUCUGAUGUUGAAGAAUCAGAUAGUGAUGCUGCUUCAGAGAAAUCUGACAAAAGGAAGAAAAAUAUGGUAUCAGAUAGUGAAGAAGAGGAAGAAAGAAAAGAGGAUACUGGGAAGAAAAAGGAAGAGAAAGAUCUGUUUGGCAGUGACAGUGAAUCUGGAAAUGAACAAGAGAACCUGAUUGCAGAUAUAUUUGGAGAAUCUGGUGAUGAAGAAGAAGAGGAAUUUACAGGCUUUAACCAGGAAGACUUGGAAGAAGAGAAGGGUGAUGCAGAGAUGAAGGAGACAGCAGAUGAGUCCGACUCUGAUGAUAACGUCAAAAGAGGGAAGCAUAUGGACUUCAUGUCAGAUUUUGACAUGAUGCUGCAACGAAAGAAGAGUAUGAGUGGCAAGCGUCGACGAAACCGUGAUGGUGGGACUUUCAUUAGUGAUGCAGAUGAUGUGGUCAGUGCUAUGAUUGUGAAGAUGAAUGAAGCUGCAGAGGAGGAUCGACAGCUGAAUACACAAAAGAAACCUGCACUGAAGAAAUUAACUUUGCUACCAACUGUAGUUAUGCAUCUUAAAAAGCAGGACCUGAAAGAAACAUUCAUCGAUAGUGGUGUCAUGUCUGCCAUCAAGGAGUGGCUUUCUCCUCUCCCAGACCGAAGUCUGCCAGCACUAAAGAUACGAGAGGAGCUUCUGAAGAUCCUGCAAGAGCUGCCAAGCGUGAGUCAGGAGACCCUAAAGCACAGUGGAAUUGGACGAGCUGUGAUGUACCUUUACAAGCACCCCAAAGAGUCAAGACCUAACAAGGAUAUGGCAGGGAAGCUGAUCAAUGAAUGGUCUCGACCCAUCUUUGGUCUUACCUCAAACUACAAAGGCAUGACAAGAGAAGAGAGAGAACAGAGAGAUUUGGAACAGAUGCCUCAGCGGAGGAGGUUAAGCAGUUCUGGUGGUCAGACUCCCCGCAGGGAUCUGGAGAAAGUGUUAACAGGAGAGGAAAAAGCUCUUAGACCUGGAGACCCAGGUUUCUGUGCCCGUGCAAGGGUGCCAAUGCCUUCCAACAAGGACUACGUGGUUAGGCCAAAGUGGAACGUGGAGAUGGAGUCCUCCAGGCCCGGGACUAUUAAGAGAGGUAUUAGUCGCUUGGAAAAACACAAGAGACGGUUUGCUGAACAGAAACGACUCAGCAAAGUGCAUCGGGCCAUCAAGUUCAGCAUUGAAGGCAACAGGAUGCCCCUGUAGCCAUGACACUGCCUUCCCCAAGUUUGAGAGGUAUCCCUCAAGGGAGGUGUGAACAGUGCAUGUGCUUCAGCUGUUGGCAGAUUGCACAUACAGGAAAGGAGUGUGUACACCCCAAUUAAACUUGGAAAACUCUCCUUGUAUUCUCUGAUGUCCGCACUGUGGCCUAAACUGUAAUUUGUACAGGAAAAAGUCUGUAGCACGUAACGUCUACCAUGUUUCCUGCGCCUGUUACUUUCAUGGUACCCAAAUGAUGAGUUUUACAUGAGAAUCCCUGUGUUCGGAAGGCUCUGCACCUGUGGCUUCUGGUGCUUGGCAUACCAGCAAGUCUGGCACUUGAAACUUGUUCUUACUUGAGUUCUCCAGGUUUGCCUGGACAGAUGCACAGAAAUUCUUAGCUCUCAGUGUAGGACUUUGGUGUUUUGCUGAGACAAAACAAGAUGUUUGCAACAACUCUUUUCCACAAUCGUUGACAGAAGUGAGAUUCAGGGGGUGGUUGUCAGGAACAGGAGAAGACUCCCUGCCAUGAGUGUGGAUGGAGGGAGAUCAAUCACUGACGUGCAUCAACAUGAGAAUUGUUUUGGCAGUGCUAACUCUGCAUUCAGGUUCUGUGAGCAGAGGUGUUACAAAGGAACAGUGAUGUGGGGCAAGCACAGAUGAUAGAUGUUGAGUUUAAACUUCGUAUUUAUUCACGUAAAACAACGAUGAAAAACAAAACUCAAACCCAAAGCAUAUACAUAGAUAUCUCCUUUGAAAAUCAGUGAAAUUCCAGAUUAGAAUUUCAGUGAAUUCUGUGACUAAAUAGAGUUCGUUUUAAAUGAGUGUUCCGUAGCGAUGGAACAAGAGGCUCAAUUCCCAAUAGCUGCUUUAGUCAGGUGCUAAGUUGCAUAUUCCAGAUGUUACUUUUUCCCAAACAUGAAAGGUGUGAAAUUUCCAUCACUGUUUCUGCUGUCCAAUUAAAGGGGAAAUUGCAUCUAGGUUGUGGACUGGAAUGUCCUUUGUCUUCAGUGGCGUUUCUCAUCUGUGUGAAAUAACUGCUGUGUUGUCUCCGUUCUUCAGCUGCAGUUAAAACACAGAGAUGAAAUGCAGUAGCUUCUAGUAACUGAUGUGAUCAGCUUUUCUUAGGCAUUUUUUUCACUUCCAACCUCACCUCCUUUUUUUCCAAUAAUCUCACGCUUUUUAAGUACUAAUGAAUUAAUUUCAAAAUAAAUCACAGUUUGGAAUUGAUGUGUCAGCUCAGUCAAGUGUAGUUACAUCUAAAACCUUCCACAGGAAGCCUGUGUACGUAUGGCAUUGUGCAAUAUAUUUGUCACUACACUCCAGACAAAAGCUAUUCCAAACUGUAUGUUCUGCCAGUGUGUGAACAUCUCGUGUGUCUGCUAACCUCUGCAGUGGGAGAGCUUUCCUCUGUGACAUGUGUGUGAUCACUGCCAUACAUGGGAUGGUACACUGGGGGAACUGUAUCUCCACAUGGGGGGAGCUGAGGGCAGAGCUGCACGCCCCUCCCCACACCAGGGACUCCUUCAGAUCCCACUUGCAGGUUUAACCUUGCAUGCGUUGCUUUUCUUGAGCCUAUGGGACGUCUGCUUUUUUUCAGUGGUAAUUAUUAGUUUUGUUUUUUAAGUUCCAGGGGACCUCUAAGAAAGGGGUGAGUCGACUGGACAAACAGAUGCGGAAAUUCACAGAUAUCAGGAAAAAAAGCAGAUCGGCCCAUGCG